UGAGACAGGAGCACAGAGCUUUGGACGGCACAAAGCCGGGGCCGUCGGUAGAUGGCGGUAACCCAAGAAACCUGAUCCACAGGGCUCGUCGGGGACUCUGUCUCAGUUUGCAGCACUCCCACCGAAGGCAGAGGAGCUGAACAGUUUGAAGGGCAUUAAUAACAGAAGCAGGAGAAGAAGAAGAAAAAAGAAACCAAAAAAAUAAAAAAUACCCCAGGAGAGCGCACGGCGGCUCCUCCCGAGUCCUUUGCGCGCAGCCCUCCCGAGCCGGACACGGAACGCUUCAUUUGCCACGAAAGAAGACAAAAAAAAUCAAAAUAAAAACGGGACAACUAAAGACACCAUGGAAGACAAAUCGAAUUCCUUCUCCAGCAACAAGGAGGACAAAGCGGAUGGGAAUAAUGUUUUUCAGAGGCAAGACUCGAUACAGAAGAACAACGCGGGGAGCCAGAACACGAAGGAGCACAGCAACUCGGUGGGCUUCAAGGGGGAGCGGGAAGAGGCCAUGGUCGGUUUUGACGAUCUGGACGAGGCGGCCAAUCGACACGGUUUCAUGCAGAGACAAUUUGGGGCCAUGAUGCAGCCCGGUGUCAAUAAGUUCUCCUUGCGCAUGUUCGGCAGUCAGAAAGCCGUGGAGAAAGAGCAGGAGCGGGUUCAACCGCCCGGAUUUUGGUUUUUUCUCCCUCACGGGGUUUUUGGGUUCUACUGGGACUUGAUAAUGCUCAUCAUGAUGAUGGGGAAUCUAAUCAUCAUUCCUGUGGGAAUAACCUUCUUCUCAGAGCAGACCACCACCACCUGGCUGGUCUUCAACGUGGCCUCGGACACCAUCUUUCUGGUCGACCUCGUCAUGAACUUCAGAACGGGGAUUGUCAACGAGGAGAGCUCAGAGAUUAUCCUCGACCCCAAGGUCAUCAAGAUGAAUUACCUGAAGAGCUGGUUCGUGGUGGACUUCCUCUCCUCCAUUCCAGUGGAUUAUAUCUUUUUAAUAGUGGAGAAAGGCUUUGACUCGGAGGUAUACAAAACAGCGCGUGCCCUGCGAAUCGUCCGUUUCACCAAGAUCCUCAGUCUUCUGCGUCUGUUGAGACUGUCCCGACUCAUCAGAUACAUUCAUCAGUGGGAGGAGAUUUUCCAUAUGACCUAUGACCUGGCUAGUGCAGUGGUAAGAAUAUUUAAUUUGAUAGGGAUGAUGCUGCUUCUGUGUCACUGGGAUGGCUGCCUCCAGUAUCUGGUCCCUCUCCUCCAAGACUUCCCUCCUGACUGCUGGGUGUCCCUAAACGGUAUGGUUAAUGUUUCCUGGGGCAAGCAGUACUCUUACGCCCUCUUCAAAGCCAUGAGCCACAUGCUGUGCAUCGGGUACGGCGCGCGGGCCCCCGUCAGCAUGUCUGACCUGUGGAUCACCAUGCUGAGCAUGAUCGUGGGAGCCACGUGCUACGCCAUGUUCGUGGGACACGCAACAGCUCUGAUUCAAUCUCUGGACUCCUCGCGCAGGCAGUACCAAGAGAAGUACAAGCAAGUGGAGCAAUACAUGUCCUUCCACAAGCUUCCAGCAGACAUGCGGCAGAAAAUCCACGACUACUACGAGCAUCGCUACCAGGGCAAGAUCUUUGACGAGGACAACAUCCUGAGUGAACUCAACGACCCGCUCAAAGAGGAAAUUGUCAACUUCAAUUGCCGUAAGCUUGUGGCCACCAUGCCUUUGUUUGCUAACGCUGACCCCAACUUCGUGACGGGGAUGCUGAGCAAGCUAAAGUUUGAGGUCUUUCAACCCAACGACUACAUUAUCCGAGAGGGCACGGUCGGCAAGAAGAUGUACUUCAUUCAGCACGGGGUCGCAAGUGUCAUCACCAAGUUCAACAAGGAGAUGAAGCUGACUGAUGGAUCGUACUUUGGAGAGAUCUGUCUGCUCACCAAGGGCCGGCGAACGGCGAGCGUGCGCGCUGACACCUACUGUCGACUCUUCUCCCUGUCCGUGGAUCACUUCAACGAGGUGCUGGAGGAGUACCCCAUGAUGCGGCGCGCGUUCGAAACGGUCGCCAUCGACCGAUUGGAUCGCAUAGGGAAGAAGAACUCCUUGCUGCUGCAGAAGUUCCAGAAGGAUCUGAACGCCGGCGUUUUCAACACGCAGGAGAACGAGAUAUUGAAGCAGAUUAUACGUCAGGACAGGGAGAUGGUGAUGAUGGUGGACCGCAAGCUGUCAGUCACCGGGAUGAACUCAACGCCAAUGUCAGGAAACUCCAUCAUUAACUCACCAGCCCAGCCUCCCUUCCCCACUGCCUUCGGCACCAGUCAGCUCCAGCAGUCCUCUGUUCCCCUGACCUACAGUGCUUCAGCUAUUGCCAACGCCUCCGCUGCCCGCAUGCUGCCAGCCGCUGCCGCUGCCGCGGCGCAGGGGGUCUACCCUGUUCCCAGCCUCUCCCACGGCAGCCUGAAUUCGUCCUCCGUCAUCGCUCAGACCCCACUGCAGCAACAAGGGGCCAUCAUGUCGCCCUGCUCCUUCACGGCCGCGAUGUGCAGCCCCCCCGUGCAGACCCCUCUGGCCGGCCGCAGCUUCCAGUACAGCUCGCGCACGGCCUCCCAGCUGUCGCUCCUCCAGCAGCCCCUCGCUCAGCCGUCCCUCCCCACCCAGCAGCAGCUCGCCCAGCAGCUCGCCCAGCAGCAGCAGCCCGCCACGUCGACCGUGGCCGCGGUCACCGGAGCGCAGCAGCCGUCGCCUCAGCAACAGCGGGUCCCUUCACCUCAGCGGGGGGAGGUCCACAAGAGCACACAGGCGCUGCAGUCGGGAAGCUUGAGCCGAGAUGUCAGACAUUUGUCGGCCUCGCAGCCGUCAUUGCCACAUGACACGUCUCUGGGACCGCGAGUCCACCCGGCCUCGGGAGACUCCCUGGCCUCCAUCGCGCAGCCAGCGGCGGUGGUCCAGGGGAUGAAUCCGCAGAGCGGCAUCCGCACCACGGUGCCGCAGCGAGUCAAUUUGUUCCGGCAGAUGUCGUCAGGAGCUUUGCCCCCAGUGCGCUCGGCCGCGGCAGCAGCGGCCGCGGCGGCAGCGGCAGCAUCAUCAUCAUCCUCAACCCAGCACAGGGAAUCCCCUGGUUCUAGGAGAGAUUCUGUCCUGAGCAGUACAGACACUGAGCAAGACAAAAUGCGUUUUGCAUCAAAUUUAUGAUCCCAUUUUUCCCUUUUCAUUUUUUAAAGUUUUGAUUCAUUUUUAAAAAUGGAGGAACAACAAAAGAGAUCAAGAUUUGGAACUUCAGCAUUUUUGUUUCUCUCCAGUUUUCUUUAAGAUAACCUCAUAGAAACCCUUGUACAUACGAUCCCUUGUAUUAUAUUUUAGACUAAUUGUCUCCCUUAACUUAAGAAUGUAUAUUAUACAGAUACAUCUCUCUUUUAUUUUACGCCAUAUAUAUAUACAUAUAUAUGUAUGUGUAUAUAUAUAUACAUAUAUACCGCUGUGUGUAUGGAUGCGUGAAAGUGUGUGUGUGCGAAUAUGUGACCGUGUAUAAAAUCCAAGUAGAAUAUUUGGCAAUGGCAAUUUAAAAGCUGUAGUAUAAACAUGAGUCUUCCUUUCUGAGAAAUAUAAAGAAUUAUAUACAAUGUAUGAUGUUUAUUUAUUUAUUUUUAUUUAAUUUGCUUUCAUUUUUUUUUAAUUGGAAUGCAUUGUGAAUUCUGACGACUUUUUCUUUCUUUCUUUUUUACCAUUGAGGAAAAAAAAAAAAUAUAUAUAUAUCUUCUCAUAUUAAGCAGCUUUAGGUACCACUGUGGAGCAAUACAUGCAAGCAACUCUGACAAAUAAUCUCAAAAAGCACACACUCACAAAAUUAAUCUCACACCAGUUUCCUGCACCCUCGUUUCAGGAACCAACCCGAGAUACGGAACUAAGUGUUACGUUGCUCUCAGCGACAAAAGCGACAGUAUGCUGAGCCACUAAAUCCCCACGGCAACUAACGUGCAAACCAUGACAGUGUUAUGGGUCCAAAGGGAGUCGAUCAUAGAAAUGCUGCUUUCUUUGUUCAUUUUCAAGGAGAAUGGAGUGGGGAGAAAGACAUGGAUGGAUGCUAUUCUUUUCUAUUGCUAAUUUCAGAUGGCUGAGAUGUUACGUAACGUUACUUAAAAAUUCUGUGUAUAUUUAUAAUAUUUAUAAACUAAAGAUUAUCACCAUUAUGCAAUAGACUGUGACAUAAAGAUUACCUAUAUGUGUGCUGUAAAUAGUUUUGUAGAACUAGUAUUUACAGAUACUGUGUGGUGCAUUCUCUAUCAUAACAAUGUCUUACUUCAGGAACCUGGAUAUCAUCUAUACGCGAAGAAGGUUUAUACAUAUGUUUCAUAAGGGAUAAACAAACCUUAAUGCAAUAGCUAGCCCGGCUUGAUGCUGAUUGGAAGACGGGGAGUUUUCUCUGUAUUUUAUUCCUAGCAUUAGCACGUCGAGUGAACAUAUAUUUACCCACAAUACACAACUUCAUUUUAAAGUCAUCCUAUUGAAAGCAAAUGUCUUUUCCAAUCGCCUCAUUUGCCCAAAACUGCAGGAGACCGUCAAACUGGUCAUUUUAUGAAAUGUAUUGUUGGUGGCCUCCGUUUUGUUUUUAAAUUCAUCACACCUUUUUGGGGGGGAUUAAAUCUGUUUCUUGAACCGUACGCUGUCGUAUCACACGAACUGUAGAUGAAGAGCCCGGCACGGCAUUUUCAACUUGUAUGUUUUAGGAUAAAGUCAUCAGCUAUCCAGAACGGGAGACAUUCACAGAAAAGAAAUGCUGGUUUGCAUUAAGGUUUUUUUCUCAUGUAAAUCCAUUACGUGGGCUUAGGUACUCUAAACUGAGGCAGGGAGGCAAAGUCAAGCCAGAAUUUCAUGAAUCUAUCAACAACAACAACAAAAAAUGCUGUUUUUAUUAUUUUAAUCUUGCAAUAAUAAAAGUAUUUGAUGACUAAAAGAGGCAAGCCGUUUGCGGCUUACGGGCCAUUUCCCUGAACGCACAUUAGUCGUUUGUGCGCGCGGCCGUCCUGCUGUCUCUCCUGCAAAACGGACUGUUUAGAGUCAUACUUUUAACGUCCCAUUAGUUCAAAGUGACUAAGCCCAGUUCAAAGUGACUAAGCCCUCCGAAAUGGCGUUUGGAAAAAGAAAAAAAAAGAAAAAAAAAAAUUACUCGUCUUCGCUACAGAUUGUGUCGAUAGUGUGCCGAUGCAGUCAACCCACCAUUGUCACGAAAGCAUGCACUGUCACAAAUACUUAAAAAAGAUACUAUCUCGAAAAUGUUGGCGUUAAAUGUGAUGUUACGUUUUGUUCAUUGUCUGUCUGCCUAGACGUUAACUGUGUGUGAACAGGAGCAUUGACCUUUCACAUGGACAUUCUUAAGUAUUUGUGCCUAAAACUAUAGCCAUGUUCCAUCAUUUUUGUUUCCGAGUGUGAGCGCGGCGCGUAGGUGGCGGGGUGGGCUUUGGUCGAGGGGUGUUCCUGCACACAACCGCGCGUUCAUUCUCCCUAUAAUCUGUGUUCUAUGUCUCAGUGUUUUUAGACAAGAAAGGAGUAAGAAGUGAUGGCCAAAUGUCUCCGUUUUAUUCAAUUGGUACUCCAAUGAACUCCUAGAGGCAGAUUAUUCUUUCCUAACAUUCUCGGUCAAGCUACGUAGAAUAUUUAAAGGGGUUGUGUACAGUUAAAAAGAGAAGAAAAAAAACUGCAACUUUUAGCAGUAAUAUCGCGCUCGGCGAGACGUUGUACAACAUUUGGGGCAACGUUAUACCUUUCUUUGUAGCUAGGCACUGACUUCUGGCUUGAAUACUGAUGUGUGGAAUGAAACUGGCCAAAGCGAAACAUUCUAAGUCGUUGUCUUUGUUUUCAAUUGCACUUUCUGAUUUACUAAUAAAAGAAAAGGUACACAGGUUCUUUCAACUAGGCGCGGCGUCGAGCGAGCUAAGGCGGGAGCAACAUCCCCGGGACCCCGUACGAGGUGGGGGGGGGGGGGGGGGGAUUGUUCCACAUACAACAGAAAAGCGCUUAAUCGUAAAUAUGCCAUAGUGUAUAGGAACUAGUACACAGUCACGAUGGAUAGCAGCACUGUUGCUUUGUGCUGUUUUUGAUACUUGCCUUUGGAAGGGAGAGCUUCCUAUCUAUGUGCUUUUUUUUUCACCAAUCACAGCUAACAUACCGGAAUGGGCAUUAAUGGUGAUGUACAACGCAAACUAACAAGCUUACACAUUAGCAGUAUAGAGACUCUCAAAAAAAAACCAGCACAUAUAUUUGUAUGUUGUUGUUGUUGUUGUUUUUUUAAGUUUGUUUGUUUUUGAGAAAAAUAAAGAAGACAUCCAAAAAGGAA